UGUUGGUGGUGCCUCGCGGUGAGCAGUUGGCUUCAAUAUUUGGCUGUCGCAGACAUCGCGCGCUUAGACCGUUAUCCGAUAAAAGGCAGCCAAUCGGGUGAAAUCAACGACAACAGCAACAAAAGCGAACGGGUCGUGUCUUCUUUAAUCAGCGUUCGUCGUUCGCUGUUUCAUCGCACGCCAAAAGUAUACGAAAAUAAGUGAGAAAAUUGUUAAGCAUUUAAUAAUACAAAAUCAAACAAAGCGAAAUGUAAAUGUAAAUGUAAAUAAAUGAGGUCAAACGACAAAACAGAUUCGUGAAUUAUGGCACACACCAGUUUAUAAAUAGCCAAGCGGGCGCUAACCAAGGAAAGAAAAGUAGCAAAACAAAAUCCGAGAAACAAGAACGAAACACACCGAAAGCUCACAGCAUUAAAUUAUCAAAUUUAAUUGAAUUCAAUUUGUGUCAGGUCAAGUGGAUACGCCACGACCCUCUGGCGGUGCAAGUGGUGGCAGUGCCACAAUUAUGACACAGACAAUGCCACAGCAGAUGUGGCACAGACAGAGCCGCCAUAUUUGCUGGCUCAUGGCGGCACUUGUCGUGGCUGGGCUUGCUGCGGGCGAUGCGCUGCCUUUUCUUUACACAAAUACGCGGGCAGCCAUAAAUUGGACGCAACCGCAGCUUGACGAAUGGAAGAUUGAGGCGCAGCCACGAAGCGUAGUGCCGCACGUGCAGUUCAAAUAUCACGCGAAUCGCACCAACAGCGAGCCCGCCGACAGCGAUGCGGAGUUUCUUGAGCGUUUGCGUGCUCUACGCCAGAAUCGUAGCUCGGCACGGAUGUUGUGGUACGAUGCGGCAGCUGGAGACGGACUCACCUACCCCCCCUUUGUGGACAAGGCGCUCAAGCUGUUCAAUCUGAAGCAGGUGGCCUUUGAGAUCGAGAACAGUGUCCUGUCCAAGGUGUCCUGCACGGCGUGCAAGGCGGGAGCUGGUCUACUCCAGCACUACAUCAAGUCCGGCAAGACAGAUGCGGAGCUCAUGAAAAUGAUUGCGCAGUACUGCACGAAUCUGAACAUCCAGAGUCCGCGUGUCUGUGAGGGAGUGGCCCAGCUCUUUGGCAGCGAGGUCAUCUACGUGCUGCAACGCGUCAAUCUCGGCCCCGAUGAACUCUGUAGUUUUAUCAUAGGCGAUGGCUGCGGCGACGUCUACAAUCCGUAUCACGAGUGGGAGGUCAUAUUUCCGCCGGUGCCCAAGCCGCCGCGUCUUGCUGAGCUGCCCAUCCCGCUGGAGGCGGCACCGUUCUUCAAAGUGCUCCACAUCUCCGACACCCACUACGAUCCACAUUACGUCGAGGGGGCCAAUGCGGAUUGCAAUGAGCCGCUUUGCUGCCGCCUGAGCAGCGGUCGACCUGCCAAUCCCAACGCGGCGGCCGGCAAGUGGGGCGACUAUCGGAAAUGCGAUACGCCAAAGCGGACAGUGGAUAAUAUGCUGGCUCACAUAGCCGACACACACAAGGACAUUGACUAUAUACUCUGGACGGGCGACUUGCCACCGCACGAUGUGUGGAAUCAGACAAAGCAGGAGAAUCUCGAGAUUAUCAAGGAGACGGUCAAGCAGAUGACUGAGAAAUUCCCCGGAGUGCCGAUCUUUCCGGCCUUGGGCAACCACGAAAGCGCACCUGUGAACAGCUUUCCACCUCCGUAUGUCAACCAGGUGGACAUCUCCAUCAACUGGCUCUACGACGAGCUCGACGUCCAAUGGCGUCGCUGGCUGCCGCAGAGCGUUUCUCACACGGUCCGUCGCGGCGCCUUCUACUCGGUUCUAGUUCGUCCCGGCUUCCGCAUUAUUUCGCUCAACAUGAACUACUGCAACAACAAGAACUGGUGGCUGCUCCUGAACUCCACUGAUCCCGCUACGGAGUUGCAAUGGUUCAUCUAUGAGCUGCAGAGCGCAGAGUUCUCCAAUGAGAAGGUUCAUGUCAUAGGACACAUUCCACCAGGCCAUUCGGAUUGCUUGAAAGUCUGGUCGCGCAAUUUCUAUAAAAUCAUCUCACGCUAUGAGAGCACCAUUACCGCCCAGUUCUAUGGCCACACCCACUUUGAUGAGUUCGAAAUGUUCUACGAUCCACAUGAUUUGACGCAUCCUAAUAGCAUUGCCUACAUAGGUCCCUCCGUAUCGCCCUACUAUGAUCUGAAUCCAGGAUAUCGCAUUUACUAUGUGGAUGGAGAUCACGACACAACGACUCGCCUCGUCAUCGAUCAUGAAUCGUGGAUAAUGAAUUUGAAGGAGGCCAAUCUGUAUGGCUAUCCGAUCUGGUAUAAGCUAUAUACAGCCAGAGCCGCAUACAAUAUGCAGGCGCUGCGACCCAAUGACUGGGACAAGCUGCUCAACGAUCUGACCGACAAUCAGGAGCUAUUCGAAAUGUACUAUAAGAAUUACUGGAAGAACUCACCGGCGCGGCCAACGUGCGAUGCUGAGUGCAAGAAACGAAUGUUGUGCGACUGCAAAAGCGGACGCUCACACGAUCGUCGGCAUUUCUGUGCAGAUGUCGAGUCGAAAAUAGAUGAGGGCUCCUCCAAAUCGUGGAAGUCCUGGUUCUAUCGAGGACUCACCAAUUCUUACAGCCUGAUUACGUCAAUCACCUACCUGCCCAAGUACCUGCUCGGCUAUGGCUGACCCACUCACUCAGGUCAAGGACGAGUCAACCGCAAAGUCAUAGCACAUCAAAUCAAUGUAAAUUUCAACGCCUACACAAUAAGCUUACUAUGUGAUAAUUAGUACUUAAACUAAGUUAGCAGCAAAUUCUACAUGUAACCCACACACAUAGACUCAUAAGCAACACCUGCCACAGCCCCACUUCAGCCUUUUCUAUAACAUUUUAAAUGAGUCAAUGAACAAUAGUCAUUAAAUUAGUCGCAUUAUCGUCCUCAUCGCCGCCGCCGUCGUCUUUUGUAGUGGGCGUGGCAGUUGUGAAAGUGACCCGCCUAAUUGAUUUGGUUACGUCUUUCGUCUGUUAUAAAGGA